AUGAGUUUGAUUGAGUUUCCGUUACUCGACCAAACAAGUUCCAAUUCCGUUAUUUCAACUACACCAAACGAUCUUUCAAAUUGGUCAAGACUCUCAAGUUUAUGGCCCCUUCUAUAUGGUACCAGUUGUUGUUUCAUUGAAUUUGCUUCAUUAAUAGGCUCACGAUUCGACUUUGAUCGUUAUGGAUUGGUACCCAGAUCAAGUCCUAGACAAGCGGACCUAAUUUUAACAGCUGGUACGGUAACAAUGAAAAUGGCUCCAUCUUUAGUGCGAUUAUAUGAGCAAAUGCCUGAACCGAAAUACGUCAUUGCUAUGGGAGCCUGUACUAUUACAGGGGGCAUGUUCAGUACAGAUUCCUAUAGUACUGUUCGAGGAGUUGAUAAGUUAAUUCCUGUGGACGUCUACCUGCCGGGUUGCCCGCCUAAACCAGAGGCUGUUAUAGAUGCCCUAACAAAACUUCGUAAGAAGAUAGCGCGAGAAAUAAUUGAGGAUCGAACUCUAUGUCAAAGUCAAAAGAAAAAUAGAUCUUUUACUACCCGUCACAAACUUUAUGUUCGGCGCAGUACUCACACUGGAACUUACGAACAAGAAUUGCUCUAUCAAUCACCAUCUACUUUAGAUAUAUCUUCUGAAACUUUUUUCAAAUCCAAAAGUUCAGUAUCUUCCUACAAAUUAGUGAAUUAG